AUGACAACGAAAUAUAGCCUUCGAGUUCUAGUUCCAUCACCGGUCGACGAUGCCGAAAUACCUGCACAGUACGAGGACAUCCUCGACGUGUCUUUCGCCGACUGGGAGACAAAGACAGCACCGAAGAAGCUGAUCCAACAGGUAGUCCCCUCGGACGCCACAACUGUACGCCAGCUUCUCAACCAGCGAUUCUGCUCUGGAGUAGCCCCACGGGCCUGGGCAUCCGGAAGCCCCAUCUCGUACUCAACCGCCCCACCCGUCGCCGCCGAAAGUCUGCCACCGUGGGUCUUUUUCGUAGACCACUACUCCACCGCCACUUCCGUUCCAAUACCGAAGGUGGAUAUUGUCCGAGCAUUGCCGAGCACCUUCCGCUCGGCAAUCCAUCCCGGCGAUCGCGGCACUCCGCUACCCCUCUGGUUAUUGGACUUGUGGCGACGCCUGCGUAACGUCCAUACCGUUCGGUCCAACGUCGAGCGUGGAAUGGAGUGGGUCAGCGAAUAUGGACGACAGGAAGACGUCAACACAGAAGUCAUCGAAAGAGACCUUGAGCCCAUUCUAGAGCUGCCGGCGCUGCUCCACCCUUGGUGCGACCUCUUCUCGCAAUUGACCACCGACGACUGCGACCUCAAUGACGACUUGAUGGACGCAGUCGUAGCUGUCGUGAGGAAUAAUAUCCACGUCAUCCCCCGCCCUUUCCACAUCUAUUCCGCUAUCGUGACGCAACUGUCACCGGUAGCCUUGCUGGACCUCUUCGGCAGACUCGCGGCACGUGGCGACUUUACUACUGACAGCGUCAUCUGCCUGCCGUGGCGUAUUCGCGGUGACUGGAUAGUCGUACUCAUCGACAUCCCCGGUGACGAGAUCCGAAUUGGUCACUGCGUCCCCGAAAACGAUCAUGACGGCAUUCUCGAGAUUGCCAAGCGAACAGCAAUCCGAAUCGCUCAUACCGUAGAAGUGUCGGUCCGCCAGACUCACACCGACUGGUUUGUUCACGAAUAUUUCCGUGAAGCCGGCCCUUUCCCGUCUGGUCUUGCCGUUGCGGUAGCCCUGCUUAGUAACAUCUUCGACUGUGUCAAAGCCUUCUCGCGCGAAACAGAGCCAACACAUCGCAUAGAAGUCUUCUAUGGUAUAGUGGAACACUACCCCAUAAAACCGGUCAUCGUGGAAGAUCACAAGCUGAGCUUGUGGGAGAUUCAGGGGGGAGCACGAAGUGUGUCGUUACCGGCCACUUCUGACGAGAAGGAUCGUUGCUCGCCAUCGCCGGGGGUGGACUCGGCAUUUGCGUCAUCCACCGGACUCGGGGUUGCGUCCCCCACCAUUCUCCACUCUCCACCAGUCUUCACCCGGACGCUGGCGCACCCCUCGACGCCCCCUUUGCAACCCCCGGCAUUCACGCGUGAACUAGCCCCGCCCCCGCCGGUCGUGGACUCGGCACUCGUGUCCCCCAUAAUUCUCGACUCUCCACCAGUCUUCACCCGGACGCUGGCGCGCCCCUCGACGCCCCCUUUGCAACCCCCGGCAUUCACACCCCCUUUGCCAUCGGCUUCCACGCAUGGGGGACUUCUCGCCUCCUCAUCAACUCCACCACCGCCGGUGUUCACCCGGACACUCAACUCCCCUUCCUCUUCCUCAACCGCCCCAUCAAAGUGGUUCACCGCCGGCUGGCAGGGCGGCCUGAUGGGUGCGGUCUCAGCUGGCACCUGCGACUGCCGUGCACUCCCCACCGGCAUUCACCCGCGAGCUCGCCAUUCACCCCUCUCCGCCGCCGUCAUUCACGCGGGGUCUUUCCAUUCCAUCGACAUCGCUCUCCUCACCGCCCCCGUUUUCACGACCGCUGGCGCACCCCUCAAUGCCCGAUUCGCCGCCCUCAUGGUCUGCUCGGGAACUCAGAAUGCCCGUGACUGCUACACCCUCCACCCCGGCAUUCACCCGAGAGCUCGCCCUCGGAACUUCCUCGCCGCCGGUCUUCCGUGGAACGCUUGCACCGGUAGUGCAAUCACCACCGGCAUUCACCCGGCAACUCGCCCGCCCGUCAACGCCUACCUCCACACUGCCAAUGUUCACUCGCGAACAAGGUCUCUCAGGUGUGGCUGA